UCAAUUCUAUAGAAUUCCAAUUCCAAUUCCGGACCAUGAGUCUUUAAAAAUGUAAUUUUUUAUUCUGAUAAUCAAAAGACUAGUUUAAUUUUGUGUUUUAAUUUCAUGAUUCAAUUCGUUAAUCCAAUCGAUCGCAUUGUCAGUUCGAAGAUCCAGUUUACACAUUUUUAUUCCAGCGGUUUCCGGCUGAUACGACGUCGCUUAUACAUCGUCUGAGGUACUCAGCGCCAGGAAAUGGGCGGCGAAGAGAAGUGGUGCGUGGUGACCGGUGGCAGGGGAUUUGCGGCGCGACAUCUGGUGGUGAUGCUCAUCAGAUACGGCAUGUAUUCGGUUCGCAUUGCGGAUUUGGAGCCCUCCAUCGAGCUCGACGACGACGAGGAGAAUGGGGUUCUCGGUGAAGCUAUGAAGUCUGGCCGUGCGGACUACGUGUCUGCAGAUCUUCGCCACAAAGCACAAGCGUUUAAGGCUUGCAUAGGAGUUGUGGUUGUAUUCCAUAUGGCUGCUCCAGAUUCAUCCAUUAAUAACCAUCGGCUACAUUAUUCUGUCAACGUACAAGGAACCCAGAACAUUAUUGAUGCAUGUUCUAAGCUGAAAAUUAAAAGGCUUAUAUAUACAAGUUCCCCAAGUGUUGUCUUUGAUGGAGUCCAUGGAAUAUCUAAUGGAAAUGAAUCAUUACCCUAUCCUGCUAAGCACUAUGAUUCAUACUCUGCCACAAAAGCUGAAGGAGAAUCCCUAGUUAUCAAUUCAAAUGGUUCAAAUGGACUUCUAACAUGCUCCAUUCGACCUAGCAGUAUUUUUGGCCCUGGUGAUAGGUUGUUUGUUCCAUCAUUAGUCUCUGCAGUAAGGUCUGGGAAAUUAAAGUUCAUCAUUGGAGAUGGUAAGAACAUGUAUGACUUUACCUAUGUUGAGAAUGUUGCACAUGCUCACAUUUGUGCCGAGCGAGCUUUGGCAUCUGGAGGGGCAACAGCAGAUAAAGCAUCUGGACAGGCAUAUUUCAUUACCAAUGGGGAACCACUUCAAUUUUGGGAGUUCGUCUCUAUCAUUCUGGAAGGUCUUGGCUAUGAAAGGCCAAGAACCAAAGUUCCUGCCUUCCUUGUGCUGCCAAUUGCACAUAUGGCGGAGCUAAUAUAUAAAAUAAUUGCACCUUUUGGAAUGAAGGUACCACAGUUGAUACCUUCAAGAGUUCGACUUCUGUCUGUCAGCAGAACCUUUGAUUGUUCUAAAGCAAAUGACCUUCUUGGCUACACCCCUAUUGUGCCUCUACAGGAGGGAAUUAGAAGAACUAUUGACUCAUACCAACAUUGGAGAGCUGGUGUUGAAAUUGAAAGAAAGGGGCCUUCUAAAGCUGAAUUACUUCUUGGCACUGGGAAAGUUGCUGAAGCACUACUUUGGAGGGACAUAAAGCUGACACUCACUGUACUGGCGUUCUUGGCUGCAUUUUACUAUAAUUUUAUAGCAACUGGUUUGACCUUCAUAACAUCACUUUCCAAGCUUCUAUUGAUGGGAUCAGUCUUCCUCUUUGUCCAUGGAAAUCUACCCGAAAAAAUAUUAGGAUGUAAACUAGAAAAGAUUUCCGGAUCAAAAUUUCAUCUCUCUGCAGCUGCUUCCCACCAUUUUGCUUUAUCUGUGGUUUCGAUAUGGAAUUCUACUGCUCGGGAAUUCAAAUCACUUUGUAAGGGAAACGACAAUAGACUCUUCCUCAAGGUUGUUCUUUCAUUAUUGCUUCUCAGUAUCCUAGGAGCAAUUUCAGCACAUAAUGUUUUUGCUAUAGGACUGCCCGUCCUCUUUUUUUGUUUUGCUCUGUACGACAAAAAGGAGAAACAGAUCGACAAAAUAGGCCUAACAGCAAUUGCAUUUGCAUACAAACUGAAGUCCCGCGCUAGGGCAAAGAUUAACUUGAGGAAAAAGCAAUAACUGGUUAAAGGCUUCCACGUUUCACGUUGUUGUGUUUUUUUGGCAUGCGCUAGAGCAGCACAGGCUCUUUAGUGUGAGAUUUUGCAAGUAGUAUCGUUUUUGGCGAUGCCAUUCCGGUGGCCGUUUGCACGUGACGUGACUACUCCAGUCCAAUGCAGCUGGAUAUAUUCUUUUAUGGCGUAGAAUGUAUGGUUUUGUGGUGUUAGUCUCAUUGUUUGGAUGGUAGUAGUGAUUGAGUUGUUUAACCUGCCUUCUAUUUUCUUUUUUAUGCACAAGCAAGGAAUACCCACCUCUCAAAAUGCCUUUUUUGCUGUAUAUAUACGUAUUGUGUGGGCAUUUUUAUACAUGUCUUAUGUCUAUAUGUCUAAAUCAAUGUUUAACCCAA